AUGGCUGCCCCCAUCGCCCCCAUCACCGGCAUGCUCCGCCGCAACCUGGUCCUCGACCUGAGCACCGCCUUCGGUUUCGGUACCACUUUCGGCUACCUCUGGUGGUACGGCUACCACCUCCCCCGCGUCCAGGCCCGCGACAGCUACUACACCCGUCUGGAGGCCGAGCGCGCUGCUAGCCAGGCAUAG